AUGGUCAGCCAGGAACCUGGACCAGAAGAAGUCACUCAGUUAACAAACAGCAAACCAGAUCCUCUCCUCCACACCGCCCCAAGGAACAAGGGAUCUAGAGACCUGGAGUUGGGUUAUCACCACGAGGAGACAAAGCGCAAAGGGGAGACUCUUCUUCAAGGGACGAGUGCUGACAGCCCAUUCUGUCAGCACGAGCUGAGCUGGCUGAGCCUGGCCAGCCAGGAGGAGCUGCUGAAGCUGGUGCGGCCGCCCUACUCCUACUCGGCGCUGAUCGCCAUGGCCAUCCAGAGCGCCCCCGAGAGGAAGCUCACCCUCAGCCACAUCUACCAGUACGUGGCCGAGAACUUCCCCUUCUACAAGCGCAGCAAGGCGGGAUGGCAGAGCAGCAUCCGCCACAACCUCAGCCUCAACGACUGCUUCCGCAAGGUGCCCCGCGACGAGGACGACCCCGGGAAGGGAAACUACUGGACCUUAGAUCCCAACUGUGAGAAGAUGUUUGACAAUGGGAACUUCCGUCGCAAACGCAAGCGGCGCUCUGAGCCCAACGCCCCCGCGACUGCAUCUGCAGCCUCCUCUCUGGGGGGCCUGAAGGCCGAGGAAGAGCGACCCAUCCCAGCCACAGGCAAACCGUGUGGAAACAGCCCACCCCCAGAGCUGGACCCCUCGCCUUCUGCCAGGGACCAUCCAAAAAGCUCCUCUCCCUCCGGUAUCAUUUCAUCCACCCCUAGCUGCCUCAGCACCUUCUUCAGCGGCAUGAGCUCCCUGAGCAGCGGAGGCAGCCGGCUGACAGGGGGUCUCAGCAGUGACCUGCAUCACAGGAACUUCUCUGCUGGACAGCUGAGCAGUGGCACUUUCACCCCUUCCAGCAGCUCUUCUCAGGAGGUGCCUUCGCCAGACCAGCUGCAGCGGGUUGCGGGACCUUCCCCCGCCUACUACAGCUCCUUCCAUCCCAGCAGCAGCAGCCAGGGAGCCCAGUACAACCACUACUACAACUUCACGGUUAACAGCCUCAUCUACACCCGGGAUGGAACAGAGGUGUAG